AAUGGCUUGGCAGGUUGAUCCCGAGGAAAUGGAUACUCAUGAUGAAGAAUUUCUUGGUCUUCAACCUGAACCAAUGGAUUGUCACGGUCAAAAAAUAUGUAUUUCAGAACAUCAGCAUAUGAAUCCUGCUGGAGGCUUCGUCUUCACCACAACCCAAGAAACACAACUCCAGCGCUUUUUGUGUCUUGGGGCAUCUUGCAAUGGCUAUCAAACCGGACGUCGAAGAGAAUUAAAACUAGAUGAUGCCAGGUUUAUAUUACAAUUGGUAGGCGAUGGAUAUGGUAAAAAGGUGGUGGAUUUUCUAACGGAUUUCUCUACAAAUUGUCGUUCAUUCAAGCAGGAUCCUACUUCAUUUACUUUGGCGCUCUGCUGUCGGUCCUCUGAUGAAGUUACAAAGCAUGCAGCCUUUGCAGCUGUACAGAAGGUUUGCAGAACACCAACCCAUCUUUUCAGAUACCUUGAUUACUGCCAAAAAAUAAGCCUUGAUUUGACAUCAAGAAAAGGAUGGGGACGGGGACUUCGUAAAGCAGUAUAUGAUUGGUACCGGGGAUAUGGAUCAUCAGAACGAAAUCUGAAGCUUUUGGCUUUACACCUCACAAAAUAUACAAAAAGAUAUGGUUAGAGACACAGGCAAGCAAUCCGUCUCGCUCAUCUCAAAGUGGAAGAAGGCAAUUCUGCCUUGAAGUAUUUGAUAAUAAUUGCAAGGAAGGGGAAGCGAUAUGCCGAUUCUACCUCGCUACUUGACAAACUUAAGAAACAGGAAAAAAAUAAUGAAACUCAUCUGAAAGCAGUUGCUGAAUUGCUAGAUGGAAUUCAGAGUGCAAAGAAAACAAAUGAUAAAAAUGUGAUUAUAGACCUUAUCCUUAAGCACAGGUUAGUCAGAGAAAACAUCCCAAGUUUUUUCUUAAAUGAAAAACAAGUUUGGUUGGCCCUGAGUAGACAUAUGUCGAUGACAGCUCUAAUCAGAAACCUUGGAAAAAUGUCAAACUUGGAUAUGUUCAUUCAAGAAAAUCAACAAUCAGACGAAGAAGAAUCGUUUGAAGAAAAUUUGAUCUUGGGGAAAUUGCAAAACAGAGAACUUAUUUUAAUGGAAAAAGUCCACCCAGUGAUUUUUCUGAAAGCAAUAAACCAGUACAAGAAAGGUCACAAUAGCUCUGAGAAAACAAAUUGGGCGGUGUUACCUCAGAUUUGUACUGCCCUUGAAAACGGAUUCUACUUAUCUUUUGAAAACAUCAGACCCACUGGCAAACGCUUCCUGGUUGCAGUAGAAAUUAGUAAAUCGAUGAAGGAUGACAUCCAAGUCCCAGGCACAUUUUCUUUACGUGCUAUAGAUGUUGCCGCCUUCAUGGUGACUUUGGCAGCGAGGACAGAACAGCAUUCUGACUUCAUAGUCUUCUCAUCUGAAACACCUGAGCCUUUAUCCAUCCAAUCAAUUGCCACAAUAGAAGACGUUAUCGGUAGAAUUCAACAUAUUGCAGCUACUACAAGUAAUUCAGCCUCUGAUGCUUCUUGGGUUUUUAAAUAUGCAAUGCAGGAGAAGAAGCGUUAUGAUGCAAUUGUAAUAUACACCGAUUCCAAGUCUUGCAAAGGACAUCCACAUCCUGUGGAAGCUCUUAAAAUGUAUCGCAAAGCGACAGAAAAGGAAGAUGUACGAUUAGUUGUUUGUAACUUAUCCUGUUCUGACAUGACUAUUGGGGAUAUAGAAGACAAGUUAACAAUGACAAUAUGUGGAUUUGAUUCCCAUUGUCCGCAAAUCAUAAUGAACUUUGUUCAUGGUAUCCUUUGAACUGCAU